UCUUUCUUUCUUUCUUUCUUUCCAUUUUUUUAAACAACCAAACUUUCAGCCUGCCAAUCUCUGGGCAAGAUUGCUUUUAAAAACAGAUUCUUUCUCUGUUCUUUUGACUUUGAUGAGUUGCACAAACCCUGCUUUGCUGCUGGUUACUAAAAUCUCUCUAAAGCUUAUACUGUAUACACAGAUCUGUCUCUGUAACCCUUUCCUCUGUGCUACUCUCAACUCCUCUGUCUCUAUCUUUGUAGAUCAUGUUGCCUUUUGGAUUAGAGGGGCAAGAGGUCAUUAUUUAACAAUGGGUAGGAGGGAAAAAAUGUGUUUUCCCCCCUCUGGGUUUUUCCCCACUCCUGGGUGUUGGAGAGGGAAAGCUAUGUGCUUGCAGAUUACAUGAAUCAAGGCAUUGAAUUUGGGACAUCAGCUGGAAUUAAUUCUGCCUAGAAGUUGGGAGUUCUUAAGUAGGUAAUGUAAGCUUAAAAUCUCACUGACAAAACUUGCUAUAUGUAGAAAGACUCUUGUAAACUCCACAUUGUAUGGAAAGGAAUCUUCUUCUUUGGCAUUCACUUGUAGCCGAGUAAGAUUGUCUUCCAUAAACACGGUUUUAACAAUGGGACCGUAAGUGACUGCGGAGGCCAAUUCUGGAUCCACACGUCCUUCUUCCACAGUGGGGACAUUGGUUUCCAGGCGGGAGUUGAUCAUGGUGUGGAUUUGCCAAGCGUGCCUUCCUCUUAGCAUGUUUCUCCCUUGCGUCCUGAGAUUGAGUUUCUUCAAAGCCCAUGACACCUUUGGUAAAGGCUGUUCUCCAACUGGAGCGCUCGCGGGCCAAUGUUUCCUAGUUGUCGGUGUUUAUACUACAUUUUUUAAGAUUUGCCUUGAGACAGUCUUUAAACCUCUUUUGUUGACCACCAGCACUUUCCUGAGGUCCUCUUUUCCAACUUGGGCCACUUUUAUUAUAGGAUAUAGGAACAAAGGCUCAGGAGAAACUGUAAAACUGAGUAGAUACAGAUGUGGAGAUCAUUUCUAGAGGUGCAGCUGCAUAGUCUGUUACAGCAAAAGUGAGUUUUGUGGUACCUUGAAUGGGAACAGAUCUGUGAGUCUUGUAAGUAAGCCUACAAAAAUGACUAGUUUGCAAGAAAAACUAGCCUGCAUUUCCACACUGGCUGCGCUCCCUCCUGUUAGCCCAGUAAGAAAAGGUUUUUUGCUGCAUUAGCAGCACCAAAGUGACCUUUCUGGGGCACGAGCCUGGGCAGUGUGGUUGGAGGUCCUGGGUGUCCAGACAACAAGAUCCCGCUCUCAACUGGCUGCUGCCAAAGAAGGGGUGGAUCGCUCUACCUCCUCUGCUAGCCCACUUGCUAGACUUUCCUUCCUCUAUGGCUAGCAGAGUAGAAAUGGAGCAAUUACACACACACACACACACACACACACACACACACACACACACACACACCGGGCUGCUUAUGCACUUGUACCAGGCAAGCUGUUAAAUGCAAGGCUGGAUGUACUGUGAUAUAAGCUUUCAUGCACAAUUGAUUAAGAAGCAUGAAGUUGCUGGGAAUUGCAGAUGGGGAGAGUGCAGUUGUGCUCAGAUUCUGCUCUUGGGCUUCCCGUAAGUGUCUGGUUGGCCACUGAAAGAGCUGCAUGCAUGCUGGAACUAGAUGGGCCUUUGGCAUGAUCCAGCAAGGCCCUGAAGUUCUUAUGUUCAGUUGGCAGGCUCCUCAAUUUAAGAUUAUGGUUGCUUUGGAACUUCUAAAAAUAGGGGUUCUUUAGCAUGAAAAGCAGGGUUAGAUCCUAGGAAAGAAGUUUAAAUUACACUAAUAAUAUCUGGCUAGCUUAAACAAGAAAAAUAAAUAAAAUAUGCACGUCCAAUUUUGGUCAGGAUGUUAGUGUUUCAUUUUGUUUAGUGUGCUGAAUACACAGAAGCAAAGCAGUAAAAAAAACCCAGUAAAAUUAAGUGUGUGGACUUAAUUUAACUGUCUCAAAACUUCUUCGUUUUUCCUGCUACAUGCAAUUAUUAAUAAUAGUGGUGCAGCAGCAGGAGCUUUUUUCUUUUCCAGGUCUUUCUAGCAUCUUCUAAACAGCCAAUUUUUCCAACGGCAGAGAUUAAAUCUUAUUUUGGUGCCUUUGUUAGCUCUAGCCUUUGAACCGGAAUUUUCCCCUCGUUUAGAACUGCUUGAUUGGAUCUCUAUAUAAUUAGUGGGGUGAGGGGGGAGCAGUAGUUUUCCUCUGAAAUGUUGAGCUUGGUUGGGCCACUGCAGAUUGCCAGACUAGACAAGCUGGAUUUGCAGUAACUUGUUAUGCUCUAAACAAGAGUUUUCCCAAGGGAAGCUUUCAGGACUUAAGAGUGAAAUUAAGUCUAACCAGAACUGAACGGGCGCUGUUGAUUCCAUCAAGAUGCUGUGCAGAGCUGCUCUUCUCCCUUCCUUGCGUUCUUCAGGACAAUUCUGGCGGCAGACUGACGUGGCGGGCUCGCACCCUUGUCUACUGGCUCCUAACCUGGUAUUGAGGAAUGAGUCUGCUCGGGGCUGGAGUAACAUCCCGUUCAUCACAGUGCCCCUCAGCCGAACCCAUGGCAAGUCGUUUGCUCACCGCAGCGAGCUGAAGCAUGCCAAGAGGAUUGUGGUGAAGCUAGGGAGCGCUGUUGUGACUCGAGGAGACGAAUGUGGCUUAGCCCUGGGGCGAUUGGCAUCCAUUGUUGAGCAGGUAUCAAUGUUGCAAAACCAGGGCCGGGAGAUGAUGAUCGUCACCAGCGGGGCUGUGGCCUUUGGGAAGCAGCGGCUGCGUCACGAGAUCUUGCUCUCUCAGAGUGUGAGGCAGGCUCUCCACUCAGGACAGAACCAGCUCAAGGACAUGGCGAUUCCCGUGCUGGAGGCUCGAGCCUGUGCAGCUGCCGGUCAGAGCGGGCUGAUGGCUCUCUAUGAGGCCAUGUUCACACAGUACAGCAUCUGCGCAGCCCAGUUCUUUUCUUCCUUCCAGAUUUUAGUCACCAACUUGGAUUUCCAUGACGAGCAGAAGCGUCGGAAUUUAAACGGGACGCUGCACGAACUGUUGCGGAUGAACAUUGUCCCCAUCAUCAACACCAAUGAUGCUGUGGUUCCUCCCCCAGAGCCAAACAGUGAUCUUCAGGGGGUAAACGUAAUUAGUGUGAAGGACAACGACAGCUUAGCAGCCCGCCUGGCUGUGGAAAUGAAGACCGACCUGCUGAUUGUUCUUUCGGAUGUUGAGGGACUCUUUGAUAGCCCCCCAGGAUCAGAUGACGCAAAGCUCAUUGACAUAUUUUACCCUGGAGACCAGCAGUCUGUGACGUUUGGAACCAAAUCACGGGUGGGAAUGGGAGGCAUGGAGGCCAAGGUGAAAGCUGCCCUGUGGGCUCUCCAGGGAGGUACCUCGGUAGUGAUUGCCAAUGGAACUCACCCCAAGAUCUCUGGCCAUGUCAUCACAGACAUUGUGGAAGGGAAGAAAGUUGGCACAUUUUUUUCAGAGGUGAAGCCUGCAGGCCCAACUGUGGAACAGCAAGCUGAAAUGGCUCGAACAGGAGGCAGGAGUUUGGCAGCACUUCAGCCCGAACAGAGAGCAGAGAUCAUCUAUCAUCUUGCUGACCUUCUGACAGACCAGCGAGAAGAGAUUCUUCAGGCCAACAAGAAAGAUUUGGAAGAAGCUGAGAAGAAAGGAAGGUUGGCCCUUCCUUUGUUGAAGAGACUCAGCCUGUCAACCUCCAAGCUGAAUAGUUUGGCCAUUGGGCUGCGACAGAUUGCAGCGUCGUCACAAGACAGUGUUGGCCGUGUCCUUCGAAGAACACGAGUAGCGAAGGAUUUGGAGCUGGAGCAAGUGACUGUGCCUAUUGGGGUCUUAUUAGUGAUUUUUGAAUCCCGGCCCGACUGUCUCCCCCAGGUAUCUGCUUUGGCCAUUGCCAGUGGAAAUGGCUUACUGCUGAAAGGAGGGAAAGAGGCAUCGCACAGCAACCAGAUCCUUCACCAUCUGACUCAAGAAGCCCUUUCCACCCACGGGGUGAAGGAUGCGGUGCAGCUGGUGAAUACCAGGGAGGAGGUGGAAGACCUUUGUCGUUUAGACAAGCUGAUAGAUUUGAUCAUCCCCCGUGGCUCGUCUCAGUUGGUUCGGGAUAUCCAGAAAGCUGCUAGAGGAAUCCCAGUGAUGGGCCACAGUGAAGGAAUUUGUCACGUGUAUGUGGACUUGGAGGCCAGUGUGGAGAAGGUCACCAGAAUAGUGAGAGACUCCAAGUGUGAAUAUCCUGCAGCCUGCAAUGCGCUCGAGACUCUCUUAAUACACCGGGACUUGCUGAGGACUCCUGUCUUUGACCAGAUCAUUGACAUGUUGCGAGUGGAACAGGUGAAGGUUCACGCUGGCCCCAAGUUUGCCUCCUACCUGACAUUCAGCCCCUCAGAGGUGAAAUCACUCCGCACGGAAUAUGGGGACCUGGAGUGCUGCAUUGAAGUGGUGGACAGCACACAGGAUGCUAUUGAACACAUCCACAAAUAUGGGAGCUCCCACACAGAUGUAAUCAUCACAGAGAACGAGAAAACAGCAGAGUUCUUCCUCCAGCACCUGGACAGUGCCUGUGUGUUCUGGAACGCCAGCACCCGCUUCUCAGAUGGCUAUCGCUUUGGGCUAGGAGCUGAGGUUGGCAUCAGUACAUCGCGUAUCCAUGCCCGUGGGCCAGUUGGAAUUGAGGGGCUGUUGACCACAAAGUGGCUGCUAAGAGGGGAGAAUCACAUCGUUUCUGAUUUCUCUGAGCAAGGAAGUAUGAAGUACCUUCAUGAAAAUCUCCCCAUCCCACAAAGGAACAGCAACUGAGCACCCAGGUGGGGCAAGUGUAUCUUUAUGGAGCCUGUUACAGUUUCAGAAGAGAGUCUUGGAAUGGAGAGGAACUUCCACCUUCCGGAAUGCUGAGCGUUUUUGCACGCUGAGCUUCUGGAUACUUCUGGUGACUUGCGGACCUUGUUUUGUGCCCGAGUUGUUUCUCCUCACGCUGCAAUGCGUAGAUGUUGGGUGUCAACAUUGAAAGCACCUACUUUGCGCUUGCAGCACAGAAAAGAGGACUCUGGUACUCCACUCCAAAUGAUGGGGAGCUUUAGGGUUGAUAUUGGACCUAUUUAUUGAUCUGGAUUCUUCUUUUCGGCCAUUCACAAGAGAGAGAGAGAGAGAGAUCGAUCCCACACACCCCAUGCUUUUCUUGCUUCGAGAAUGCAAGAAAUGCUUGAUCAUUCUGCUUUCCUUUGGAGAUUUGAAAUCUGAAAGAGGUUGCUCUGACAUUUCUUUACAGUUCAUGUCUUAUUUAAAAUGUUAAAUCACCUGUAAUAAACAUUCCAGGUGCAUAAUGAUUUUUUUAAGAAAUCCAAGCAAUGCUUUCCAUGCUAAUUUCCUUUAAAAGUUGACAGAUGGAGUGGGGAGAAUCACAGUGGUAGAACUAUAACUGUUUUUCACAACCCUUUUAAGAAUAUUUGUAGCAAAUAUUUUUGUUCAUUUUAUAUAAGCUUUUAUUUCCCCUGACAAAUUGAACGUAUUUUUCAAACUUUAUGGUUUUUCAAAUAAAACUCCCUUGCAAUA